AUGAGGGCUGCGUUUGGGACGCUUUUGGCCACGGCGUGUCUAGUCACUGUGCGCAUUGGUGGCGUUGGAGGCGUCAUGCUCGGCUCGGUACUUGCCUACAAAGUGAAACUCCAGGCCUCGGACCUUGCAGGAAACGUGGUCAACACCACGUACCCCAACAUGACGCUCGUCAGGUGCGCCGCCGUGGCAUCCAGUCAGAAAGAUUCCACUUUUUGUUUGACGGCCUCGCGAGACUGCAUAGUAACCAACGCCGUCAUCCCGCCCUACUACAACAACAGCGACGGCAACGGCUUCCACAGCUCCACAACACAUGCCAACGACGGCUACUGGUUAGGCGCCACCAACUCUUCGGAUACGCACGUCUGGCAGUGGAGCGACGGCUCGGCUGUGCAGAUGGGCGCUCCGUACUGGGCAUUCGAUGCUGGACUGGGGGCAGACGUGGAGCCCGUGGGGGGACCAGGGGAGAACUGUGCCUACAUCGACCCCAACUCUGGGUGGUUAUUUCGUGACGGUCCUUGUAGCCCCGCGGGGACCUUCCAUUCUGUGUGCUCGAGGACUCCUGUAGAUGGUGAAUGCACAAGCCAGUAUGUUUUGGUGGGCACGCAGUGUAUCCACAUACUCACCUUCUACUACCACUGGGAGGACGCGCGCUCUCGCUGCGCGUUGGCUGGCGGAGACUUGAUCAUUCUGGACGACUGCGAACAGUUCCGCCAGAUUUACUUGUACCUCGUCGAGCUAGAGGACGUACCCGAUGGUUUCUGGAUCGGCGGAUCGGAUUUAGCCCAGGAGGGGCAAUGGCUCUGGAUUGACGGUUCGCCGAUGGCCAUGGGACGGCCAUAUUGGGCAAAUAGCGGUGUAGGCGCUCCAGAACCCAACAACCCCGGCGUGGAGAACUGCCUGGAGCUGAGCUCCAUCUGGAUGUACCGCUUCUCCAACACGCUGUGCUCCGACUCCAGACGCGUGAUCUGCGAAACUGAUCCUCUCUAGACUAGAGAGAAAUACCUUAUCAGGAAAACUAUAUAUCUAAUCAAAAUCAAGGGAAAAAGAAUUAUAGGUGUUUUAAGGCAUAUUGGUUCUGAAAAACUCAAUGCAAAUAGGUUAUUAAAGAAAGUAUCAUAGCAAACUGAUUCAAAAAGUUUUAAAGCUGGUUGG